AUGAGCAAUUCCAGCUUUUUGCCUCAAAAACACAUGGAUCCCCUUGACGAGGACCCGGACAAGGACGGUGAAGACUCCGUUGCUGCAAAGAAAUCAAGCUCAGCCGCUACGCACAUCGACUCCACGUUGAGAACCUUCCCUCGAUUCAGCGAUCUGCCUGCACAUCUUCGGGCAAAAGUCUGGAGAAUGGCCUGGCUCCCGCGCCGAGUCAUACCGUUUGGUAGCAAGCCUGCACCCAAAUUCAACAUCUGCAACAAACCUCAACGCUGCGAGUGUUGCGCAUCCGUGAACUUCAGGCCGCAGACCAGCGCUCCAGCGAUAAUGUACGCUUGCCGUGAGGCCCGAAGCGAAACACAAAAGAUCUCGAGGCCUUUGUCGACGUGGUUCUGGGAGCUGUGGCUGCCUAGGAAUCUCUCCCGUGCCUGGAGCAAGGCCCAGUAUCAGGAAUUUUGGGAAGAGGUGUGCUACAGGGACGAGAUGCUCCGUAUGAUAACAUGGUUCAACCCGACUACCGAUCAAGUCUUCAUAGGGCCAGAAUCCGUUUUGCGUAUGUCGGAACAAGUCGGCCCACCAAACCAUGAUGAUGUCUUGCAGGCAGCCCUCGAUCCCGCGUUAGUUUUGAUGCUCUCUGCAGGCCUUUUCGAAGAACACGAGAAACUGGAGGCUGAGUUUGAGGUACUGAGGUCUGGGCUGCGGGCUCUCUACGAUCGAUAUCUCAAGCCAAGGGAUCAUAUCUACAUCUGCGAAGCUGGCUUAAACUUCCUCUUGACUGACGAAGGUCUGCAAAAGGCCAUUCAAGAAGGCCUUUUUUCAGGUGAAGACGAAGAGCAGCGGCUAGUUUCUGCCAGCGAUGAGGUUCUCAUCAAGAAAUACGAAGCCUUAAAACUUUUCAACCACAAACACACAAACAUCAAUGCCUCCCAGACCCUGAGGACAUGGAGAGAUACUCUGAAUACAUGGCACACCAGGAGAUCUCAAGCUCGACAUGUUCGGCUUAGGGCUGAAGGCCGGGCGGGGUCCACAUCAUCUCGAAAAUCUGCAUCCAUUCGAGUCCCCAUAUCGGAUUCACAGAUGUUGAUGAUAAAGAUAGCCGACUUCUUGAUGUGGGAUCAAGGCCUGGGCUUCUUUAGGGGGUUGGAGAUCAUGGAUCUGACUGGCCACCUCAAGAAAGAUCACCCACUGGUACGGGAACAUGGAUUCAAAUUGCCAGACUUUGCCCAGGGAAAAUUUGCCAAACAUGAUGCUAUUCAUGCUUCGAAGGAAAUAUUGUUUGAUGAGUCUCUUGUGAAGAUCUCGCUAAAACUUCGCGUCAACAGAGAAGACAUUUUAGGGGAUCUAGGGGUGGUACCUCAGACAUGUUCUGAGAAAAGCACACAGGCGAGGGACUAG